AUGGAUAAAAAUAUGGAAAUAUUAUGGUCAAAAUUAGAAGAUAAGCUAAAUCAACAAACUCUAAUAAUAACUAAUACAGUCACAAUAAAUGUUACGGAGGUGUUAAAUGAAAAAUUGGAAUCGCUUACUGAAGAAAAUAAAAACCUCAAAUUAAAAAUUUCUGAAUUAGAACAAAAGCUACAGUAUUUGGAUAAAGAUAAACGAAAGAAUAAUUUAGUCUUUUUCGGUGUCGAAGAAAAUGGAAAAAGAGAAAUAGAUCUUGUAGAAUACAUAAAGAAGAUUAUCGUAGAAGCAGGCACCCCUCUGGACUGUCAAGAAGUAAGUAAUAUUUAUAGAAUCGGUGCGUCAUCCACUAAAAGCCGCCCGAUAAUAGUGACCUUUACGACUACAUGGAAAAAGAAUCUUAUACUAAAAAACAAACCUAACCUUCCACAAGGCAUCUACGUGAAAGAAGAUUAUUCAAAAAGCGUCCUUGAAACGAGGAAACAACUACAACCGAAAGUAGAAGAAGAGCGUAAAAAGGGAAACAUCGCAUAUUUGAAGCACGACAAAUUGGUAGUAAAGAAACCAUACGAGGUCGGCCGAGAAAAAAGGAAAAGAGAUCAGUCUGGUUCACCAAAUUGGUCAUCACAAAAGAAGUCGAACACAAACAAAAUUCCAGGAAGAAACCCGUCUAAUACCGGUUCAAAAGAAAUAAUCAAACCUAACAUUUUAAAUUAUAUAGCACGAGGAAGGUCAUCUUCUUUAUCUGAGAUCCCAAAAAACCAGGAACUAACAUAG